AUACACACCACAACCCCCGCGGCACCCGCACGCAGCCUCCAUCCAUCCACAUGUGCCACACCGACAGAGAGAAACCAGACGACACGAGAAUGACGCUGCCCGGCGACGGCGCCCCGCCGGCGCACGGGGGCGGCGGCAGGAUCAAGGGCUCGUGGAGUCCCGAGGAGGACGAGCUGCUCCGCGACGCCGUGUCCCGCCACGGCGCGCGCAACUGGAGCGUGAUCGGCGCGGAGAUCCCGGGCCGGUCGGGCAAGUCGUGCCGCCUGCGCUGGUGCAACCAGCUCAGCCCCGGGGUGCACCGCCGCGCCUUCACGCCCGACGAGGACGCGCUCAUCGUCGCCGCCCACGCCAGGCUCGGCAACCGCUGGGCCAGCAUCGCCAAGCUCCUCGUCGGACGCACCGACAACUCCGUCAAGAACCACUGGAACUCCACGCUGCGACGCAACCGCAGGGCCGCCGCCAACGCCGCCAACAACCACAACGGCAGCGGCGCCUUCUCCGCCGCGGCCGGCAACGCCUUCGCCGCCGUCCCCUUCCCGCCGCCUGCCAACCCCGCCGUGUCGUUCCAGUCCUCGCUCAACCUCACGCAGGAUCACGACGACGACGACGACGAAGACGAGGGAGGAGAGGACAGCGAGGGCUCGGUGGCGCCUCUCCCGCACGCCAAGCGCCAGUGCGUCGGCAGCCCUAUCGCGGACAAGCCGGAUCCGCCCACGUCGCUGUCGCUCGGCCUCCCGGGAGCCACCACCGUCAUCCCCGUCACCCAGGCUCCCCCGGCACCAACCCCGCCCCUGCCCCCACCGCCGCCGCCACCCCCGCAGGACGAGUGGGUCAAGAGCGAGCGCGCGAGGCUGGAGCGCAACCCGUGGCUCAAGGCGGCCAUGCGCCAGAUGGUGGCCGAGGAGGUGCAGCGCCACAUGGGCACCGUCUACUCCUCCGUCGUCGCCUCGCUCACCGGCGCCGACCUGCCCACGGCCAGGAUCGAUCCAGACAAGUAGAUCGCUGCAAUGCAAGUUCCGCUCGACUCCUUUGCUGCUGUUACUUGCUGUUGUUGAUCUCGAAUUCUCGUGCCCAAUCCCCCGGCUAGAAUCUAGCUAGCUUCUUGUUUAUUUUCUUCUUAAUUAAUUUAGAACAAGUUGCAAAACAAAAAACCGUCGGAUCAACUAUUUUCCUGCGAAUUAGUUUGGUCGUU